UUCCCCGGCCGCCCCCCGCCCACGGGCCGUCCUCCCGGGCCCGCCGUCCCCUCCCCCGCUGGCGGGGCCCGGACAGAAGAUGGUGCAGAAGAAAACAGCCGAACUUCAGGGCUUCCACCGUUCGUUCAAGGGGCAGAAUCCUUUCGAGCUGGCCUUCUCCUUAGACCAGACCCAUCACGGGGAGACUGACUUCAGCCUGGAGCGCCCUGCCCGCCCUGAUAUGCCCACGAGCCAGCCCAUCGACAUCCCGGACGCCAAGAAGAGGGGCAAGAAGAAGAAGCGGUGCCGGGCCACCGAUAGCUUCUCGGGCAGGUUUGAGGACGUCUACCAGCUCCAGGAGGAUGUGCUCGGGGAGGGCGCCCAUGCCCGUGUGCAGACCUGUGUCAACCUCAUCACUAACCAGGAGUACGCUGUCAAGAUCAUCGAGAAGCAGCCGGGCCACAUUCGGAGUCGGGUUUUCCGGGAGGUAGAGAUGCUGUAUCAGUGCCAGGGACACAGGAAUGUUCUGGAGCUGAUAGAGUUCUUCGAGGAGGAGGAUCGCUUCUACCUGGUGUUUGAGAAGAUGCGGGGCGGCUCCAUCCUGAGCCACAUCCACAAGCGGCGGCACUUUAACGAGCUGGAGGCCAGCGUGGUCGUGCAGGACGUGGCCAGUGCCCUGGACUUCCUGCACAACAAAGGCAUCGCCCACAGGGACCUAAAGCCAGAAAACAUCCUCUGCGAGCACCCCAACCAGGUCUCCCCCGUCAAGAUAUGCGACUUCGACCUGGGCAGCGGCAUCAAACUCAACGGGGACUGCUCCCCCAUCUCCACUCCGGAGCUGCUCACCCCGUGCGGCUCGGCGGAGUACAUGGCCCCCGAGGUGGUGGAGGCCUUCAGUGAGGAAGCCAGCAUCUACGACAAGCGCUGCGACCUCUGGAGCCUGGGCGUCAUUCUCUACAUCCUGCUCAGUGGCUACCCGCCCUUCGUGGGCCACUGCGGCAGCGACUGCGGCUGGGACCGCGGCGAGGCCUGCCCGGCCUGCCAGAACAUGCUGUUUGAGAGCAUCCAGGAGGGCAAGUACGAGUUUCCUGAGAAGGAUUGGGCCCACAUCUCCUUUGCUGCCAAAGACCUCAUUUCAAAGCUCCUUGUCCGCGACGCCAAGCAGAGGCUGAGCGCCGCCCAAGUUCUGCAGCACCCUUGGGUGCAGGGGUGUGCUCCGGAGAACACACUACCCACGCCCAUGGUCCUGCAGAGGAACAGCUGUGCCAAAGAGCUCACGUCGUUUGCGGCUGAGGCCAUCGCCAUGAACCGGCAGCUGGCUCAGCGGGAGGAGGACGCAGCCGAGGAGGCGGAGCAGGGCCCGCCCGUGGUCAUCCGAGCUACCUCACGCCGCCUGCAGCUGUCCCCUCCCUCUCAGAGCAAGCUGGCCCAGAGGCGGCAGCGGGCCAGCCUGUCUGCGGCCCCCGUGGUCCUGGUGGGAGACCACGCGUGACUCCUCGCUCCCUCUGUACAUAGGUCACUCCUUCCCCUCCCCCCACCCCCCCAAUCACAUCUAAAGAUUUUUUUAAGCUGUUGCCAGCCGGUGACCAGCAGGCUGCCCUCCCCUGGCUGGACUCCGAGGCGCUAAGCUCAGUUGGGGGGGGCUCUUUUUAUAUGAGGUUUUUGCUGUUGGGUUUUUUUCCUUUUUUCUGCCCUACCCCCAUUUUUGUUCCCCUUUAAAGGUGUUAAAAGCAAAGCAGACGCCUGGGGAGGAGAGUGGAGGACACGUGUCGCUGGGCUUGCCCGGUCCCUGCCUCCCCAGCCCCAGAUGCUCACCUGUACUGUGAAGGUCCCCCGCCCGCCCGCCCCGCCCCGAUGUGACUCAGGAGAGGAGGCGUUUGUCGUCUUCCAGAGCUGGGGGCACAGGGACGCGCCCCCUCCCCAGCCUCACAGUAUUUCAGGGACGGGCCAACCCCACACCUCCCCUCAGUGACACAGCAGCUCCUUCAUCCCUCACCCGGGAGACACCCUGGUGGCUGGGUGGGGUGGGGCUUCUCAGGUCUCCCUUGUGGCAGGAGGGGUCCUGGGUGCAGGCAGCUGGACUCCCCCCCUCUG